AGAAUUUCCAAUGUGAAGCAGAAUUUUAGUCGGCCCAAAACAGUUAUGGAACGGCUCCAAAAAUAUUAAAAUAAAAUAAGCUUCACAUCACUAUAUAUCAAGAUGCUACAUCUUCAACUUCUUACUCACUCCAUCCAUAACGUAACAAUGGUUUCCAAAAUAAGUUGUCUAUUCUUUUUUCUUUCUUUGCUCCUCUUGUUCUCCCUCUCCUUAGCGAAAACGCCUACCAGACCUCGAGCGUUUCUUCUUCCAGUAACCAAAGAUGCAUCCACUAAUCAAUUUGUCACAACCAUUAACCAAAGAACACCCCUUGUCCCAGUCAAACUUACGAUUGAUCUUGGUCAACGAUUUUUAUGGGUCGAUUGUGAAAAAGGUUACAUUAGCAAAUCUUAUAAACCUGUCCCUUGUGGUUCUAUCCCUUGUAAACGUUCUUUUUCCGGUGCAUGUGUUGAAUCAUGUGUAGGUUCUCCUUCACCAGGGUGCAACAAUAACACCUGUGGACAGACUAUUUAUAACCCCUUUAUUCAUACUAGCACUAGUGGUGAACUUGCUCAAGAAGUUGUCUCACUUCAAUCAACCGAUGGCUCAAAUCCUGGUAAAUACUUAUCAGCAAAUGGAGUAGUUUUUGGCUGUGGUGCUACUUUCCUUCUUGAGAAACUAGCAAAGGAUGUUAAAGGGAUUCUUGGACUUGGCAAUGGUUAUGUAGGAUUUCCUACUCAAUUGGCUAAUGCUUUUCGUGUACCUCGAAAAUUCGCUAUAUGCUUGACUUCAUCCACAACCUCUCGUGGGGUUAUUUUCUUUGGUGAUAGUCCUUAUGUUUUUCUUCCUGGAAUGGAUGUCUCAAAGAGACUUGUUUACACCCCACUUCUCAAAAACCCCGUUAGUACAUCAGGGUCGUAUUUUCAAGGGGAGCCCUCGAUGGAUUAUUUUAUUGGAGUGACUUCUAUUAAAAUAAAUGGUAUUGUCGUGCCAAUAAAUACCACAUUGUUGGACAUAACCAAAGAUGGCAAAGGCGGAACAAAAAUUAGUACGGUUGAUCCUUACACGAAAUUAGAGACUUCGAUUUACAAUGCUUUAACAAAGGCAUUUGUUAAAUCGCUUGCUAAGGUUCCAAGGGUGAAACCCGUGGCUCCUUUUAAAGUGUGCUAUAAUAGAACGAGCUUGGGAAGUACUCGUGUUGGCCCUGGUGUGCCACCUAUCGAACUAGUGUUGGGAAACACUACAUCUUGGACUAUUUGGGGUGUGAAUUCCAUGGUGGCGGUGAAUAAUGACGUGCUCUGUCUUGGAUUUGUGGAUGGAGGAGUUGAAUUUGAACCAACAACUUCUAUAGUCAUUGGAGCACAUCAAAUUGAAGACAACUUUUUGCAAUUUGACAUUGCUAACAAAAGGUUGGGUUUUACUUCUUCGCUCUUAUUUGGUCAAACAACAUGUGGCAACUUCAAUUUUACAACCAAAGCUUGAUAGUCUUUAAUUUCUCAAAAAACAAGUGGUGCUUUUGGAAUAUCAGAACAGUUGUAAUAGUACUUUCUUUUAAUGGAGUUGGCCAAUAAUAAAUGUACUAUGUGUUUUCUUUUGGUUGUUCAUUUUCUCAAGUCCAUAAUCCAGGCCUAGUCAAUUAUCAAACAUAUUCUAUAGAUGUGAGAAAGUCAUCAUUUUCCUUUUAAAAGAGCCAGCAUAAAUGGAGAGGGGUGUAUGUGAUAUAAUUAAGAGCUUAACAAAUAUGCACCCAAUAUGAGCUAGAUGUCGGGGCUUAUUUCCAAAACUAGCGGGUUUUGAUUCACAAA